AUGGCACAAUCAUCUCAAGCCAACACGAAUGCCAUACCUGGUGUUCCCACGGCAGGUGAACAGGCUAACACCUAUCACUCCACCGGUGCUGUUGUUACCACUUCACAACAGCAAUCGGUCUCCCAAGUGAGCUCGUCUAUCGGUGGCCCUUCCAACUACGACAUCCAGCACAAUCCCACGGCCGUAUGCUCAACCUUCGGGGGGUAUCAAAAUUAUACAUGCCCUCCCCGUAUUCGUCCGUUGCAGAUUAAGACUGAUGUCACGAAGCGCCCUAUCGAUCAGGCUAUUAAGCAGGUUCGUGUCUUUAUCGGUCAUCCUGUACAUGACCGCCUCAAGUUCGACCCUAACCACAGUGGUGCCUAUGCUAGAUGGCGUGUUGCCUUUGCUGAUGCGAUCGAGCGCGUGCCAUGCUCUCGACAAGUUGCUACGGAGGCAGUUCUGGCAUGUCUACCAGAGCCUGUCAAAGGCACUGUCGAACGAAGUGUUCACCCAAGUGACAUCGAGAAGUUUGGUCACGUCAUCAUCAUCUAUGCCUUGGACCAUACCUAUCUGACGAAGCUCGAGUUGCGUAGUGUCUCCGCUGCGUGGGAGAGAAUCUGCCAACAACCCAAUGAGUCUGUCCGCCAAUAUGCUACGAGGUUUGAGCACUGUGCACAUGUAUACACAGCUCUCUACUAUACUCAUGGUCUUUCUGCCCGUGACAUUACCACCAAAUUCUCUGAUGGUCUCCGUGGUGCCCGUGAAGUUCUGGGAAGAUGUCUAAUUGAUCCCCAAUGCCAGCUUGGCUAUGAAGCUUACAAGCUUGCACUCUUCGCCUUUCUCGACAACGGCACACCCCUGCCCGAUGAUCUAACGGCAAUGACGCCCG